UUUCACACACACUCGUGUCAUAUAUCCUCCUUAGCAAGCAUCGAAGCAUUCUCUUUGCAAUGGCCAGAACCAUAUCUCUCUCCUUCUCCUUAGAUCCUCAAUCUCACCACCACCACCACCACCACCACCCCCCUCCUUACUCCACUACUUUGUACAAGCCUCACCAAACCCCAUUUUUAGCCCCCAAACACACAAACCCACUCCUCGCCUCUAACAAAUCUAGUCGUUACAAUCUCACUCUUUCCUUUUCUUCCUCCCACCCUUCUUCUCCAACCUCAUCAUCAUCAACUCUGCAAGAUUCGGUUCGCUCAGGUCGAUUUUUCACCGCCGAAGAGUUGAAAAAGCUCCAAUUUCUUGAAAACUUCAGAUAUUAUCAAGAAUUGAGAUCUGGAUCGAUGUGGGUUCGUGUGAUGAAGGAAAAUGAGAUUGACAUGACUGUUGGACUUUUAUCUGAAUCGUUUGCGGAAUCCAUGUUGUUGCCUAUGGCAUAUGUGAAUCUAUUGGGUUUCUUGGUGAAGCAGUACUUGAUUGAGAGGAGAACGCUAAUACCCCACACUGUUACGCUUAUUGGGUUCUAUAGAGGAGAGGAUGAAGGAGAUGAAGAAUUGGCUGCAACUGCAGAGCUUUGUUUUAACAAGAGGGGUGCUAAUGCUUCUCCUCCAACGCCAACCCCUCCCAAGGAAUCACCAUAUAUUUGUAAUAUGACUGUAAAGAAGCCACUUCGAAGGAAGGGCAUUGGUUGGCAUCUUCUUAAGGCAAGUGAGGAACUAAUUUCUCAUAUGAGUUAUUCCAGAGAUGUGUUCUUGCAUUGCAGAAUGAUUGAUGCAGUUCCAUUCAACAUGUAUAUAAAAGCAGGUUAUGGCAUUGUUAAGACAGAUAGCAUCUUGAUUUGGUUGACACUCCAGAGACGUAAACACUUGAUGUGGAAGAAACUUCCAAUGCUAGAUAGCCCUUCAGAGAGUGAUGUUUCUGAUCCUACUGAUAAAAUUCCGUCGUGAAUGGAUAAACAAAAAUCACUACUACUGUGAAAGUACAUGGGAUUGUAACGUUAUAACAACUCAGUGUGACUUAAUGUUGUAAAUUAUCCGAAUUAUAGAAUACAAUCUUCUAUCCUGUAUCUUUUAUAUUAUAUUUUCCUAAAAAUUAAUGUAUGAAAGCGGUACAUAGAUGAUGCUAUUCAAUAUCUGUACUUUUAUCUGGGCACAAAAUGCUUCCUUACUCCCAUUUUGGAUUCUCCUAGUCAGAUGUAGUUUAAUCUGGUUGUGUUCAAUAUAAAGUUUAUUUGGUUUUUGGCUA